AUGGGCUAUGACUCUGGCAGCAUGAAACGGUUUGGAUUUAGCUCUGCAGGUACAGAAGUGUCAUUUCAGGUUUCUUCCUGUCAUUGCUUGCAGACUGGAGCUAGCAAGGGCUAUGGAUUCAUAGAGUUUGAGUCUGAUGAUGUGGCUAAGAUCGUUGCAGACACAAUGAACAACUACCUGUUUUCUGAAAGGCUGCUGAAGUGUCAGUUCCUACCUCCUGAAAGGGUACAUGAAAACCUCUUCAAAAGCAGUAACAAGAUAUUCCUGAAGCCCUCCCAGCCGGCGGUCAGGCGGUACAACCGGGUGCGCUCCCUGCUGCAGAAGGCAAAGAUGACCAAGCGGCUGCUGCGGAAGGAGAAGCUCCUCCGCAAGAGGCUGGCUGAGAAGGGGCUGGAUUAUGACUUCCCAGGAUUUGCUGCACAGGAGCUUGCCAUAAAGAGAAAAAAAGUUGCAACAUCCAAGAAGUCAAAACUGAACAUUUCUUUGAGCAGCCAGGAUCCUACUCCAGUCUGUACUCCAACAGUGCUCGAACGCCGGAAAGCUGCCCAGUUGGAUGAUGACACAGAGGACAAAGAAAUAACUCUCAGACUGCCCCCUGCCAGUGUUAGGAAUGCUGUGGAGAGACCGAAGAAGUAG